GUUUUCGCUAUAAAAAGCUUUGCACGUCAUAAACAGAAGAAAAUGGCAUGCCAAUUGAAAUCAAGAUUUGGCGGAUUUAUAUUCAUUAUUAUUUAGUUACUUUUUGGGAGAAUAAGUUGGCAGAUUCGGAAUUUUUUUUACAAUGUUGUCAAACGUUAUUUGUUGACAUUUGACACUUUGGUUCGGUUUUUGCCUGUGAAAGUUUUCGGUUAUUCUUGUGGUUGUUGUUAUUAUUCAUCUUCGCUCUUAGUGCAAAAAAAUGUGUUCUUUUCAGAACAAAAUUGCUGUUUGUUUGUGUACAUUCUACCGUUAUUUACAUUUGUACUCGCCACAAUGCCGAAAUAUUUGAACAGUAAAGCGAAGGAACUCCUUGCGUCUUUAAUUCAAUAUUUUGAACAGGAACGAGAUAAUGGGGGUUUCUUAUUACCAUUAGGUUCAGUUCGAGAGCGCAUUGUGGCAGCAUUACAUUUAAACAUUUCUACGGUCAGCAGAAUAUCCCAAGCUUUUAAACAAAACGAAGCUUUGAUAUCGCAGAUCUUGGUAUUUGCAUCUAAAAGUACUGGCGAUUACCACGGAGAAAUGAAUCGUGAAAACUUUUUACAUUGGUUUGAAAAACAAUUAUUAGUAAAUUUAGAAGAACCAAGUGUUAUCGUAUUGGACAAUGCUUCUUACCACAACACCUUAUUGACACAAAAUCCGAACAACUCGUGGAGAAAAGCAGAUUUUCAAGAUUGUUUACACAAUAAACUUGCACUUGCGAUUGUAACCUCAGAAAUGUGGAAAAAUUCAAUUAAUCACACCGAAAUAGUACAUUGAAAUACAAGUGCAGAAACGGUAUUAUUGAAAAACGAGUAUAAAUGUAGGAACACGAGCGCCAGCGA